GUAAAUUAUAAUUAGCGUACCUUUUUAAUAAAUCGAAAUGAAUUCAGUUGAACAAUUAGGAAAUCCAGAAUUAGUAGAAUGUAUGAAACAAUUUCAUAAAAAAAUUAAAGAAAUAAAUGAUAACCUAGAUGUUGUCUUUGAUUCUGAUACUUGUGACAAUUUAAGCGUAAAGAAAAAAGUGCAAAUUGAAUUGUAUUUAAGUUACGCCUUGAAUUCAUUUUUUUGGAUGCAUUUAAGGACAACGGGUAAAGACCCUACUAAACACAGUGUUGUUACAGAAAUGAUGAAAGUACGAGAAUACAUGUCUAAGUACAAAGAGAUUAUUGACCGAGAUAAAAAACCCACCGUAGAUGCACAAGCAGCUAAAAGAUUUAUUAAAGGAGCGCUGUGGGAACCAAAAGCUAAGAUUACACGAUUGGAUUUACCUGAUAAAGACUGA